AUGUCCUUUCGAGAGAGACAAGAGAAACAGAGCGGGAGAGAGAUGCAGAAGUACUGGUGCGUGAUUUUUGUUCUUUUUUCAGUGGUUGUCCAUGCAAAUGCACGGGAAAUUCCUAGUAAUGGUGGUUAUGACGACCAAACACUACUUGUGCAUGCUAGUGUGCCAGAGGCGGCAGAGUCAUCUAGUGUCACUGGCGUUGGCGACAAGAAGAAUUUUAUAUACGGAGGUGUUGGUGGCUUUGCGGGGAUGGGUGGUUUUGCGGGAGUUGGGCCGGGUGUGCUGCCAAUCCUUGGUGGCGGCGUUGGGGGUGCAGCUGGUCUCGGUGGUGCCGGCGGUCUCGGAGGUCUCGGAGGUGCUGGCGGUCUAGGUGGUCCUGGUGGCGGAGUUGGAGGUGCCGGUGGGCAAGGUGCUGCAGCUGGCGGUACUGGACUUGGCGGUGGCCAUGGUGGAGUUCUCCCACUUCCUUGA